AUGGCCUUCUUGCAGAAGCUCCGAUCAUGCUUUGCCCUUCUUACGCACCGACGAUCACAAUGCGAGCAGGUAAAACCACUUCGCAGCGCCCGAGAUAAAGACAAACCUGUCCACCCUAAUACAGAUUCAACCAUCCAACAAAACCAAGAGGAUUCGGACGUUGAUCCAUACGCAGCACUUAGUGAGAUUGCCGCCCCUGAACCCGUCGAAAGGCUUACGGCGGCAGAAUUGGCACGUCGUCCUUCUCUGGAACAAGGAUAUGCAAACCCCAGGGGUGACGUUUACGGGAACCUCAGUGAAAUAGCUGCCCCUGAGCCUGUGGAGAGGCUCACAGAAGAAGAAAUGGCACGCCACCCUUCGUUGGAAGACCGCCUCUCGGGGAUUUCCCAACAUUGA